AAAUCUUGGCCAUGUUGUUAAAUAUGGACUAACAUUGCCGCCAAUUUAUUAUAGUGUACAUUUUCGCUCAUUAUUUUUUUUACGAGCAUCAUAAAUAUUAUAUUAAAUUCACAAAAUUGUUGUGGCGAUAGUUGCGAACUUAUGUUGUCUGACUUAAUAAUUUACAUUUUCUAAAAUAGACAUUUAUUUUAUCUAAAUUUUAUUACAAUGUCGCGACAAUGUUGUUUAAUAUGUGCGAGCGACGAAGGAUUUUUUCUUGAUAUUUACCUCGAUGGAAAAAAUUUUCGUGAGAAUAUUGAAAAAUGUCUAUCAGCAAAGAUAAAAAAAGGAAAACUUCAAUCUACAAAACUAUGCCACAAGUGUGCAUACGAAAUAGACCAAUGCUCCAAAUUUGUUGAUAAAUACAAAAAAGCACGCGAUUCAAAUGAAAAACCCCAAAGAAAGCGUGGAUGUUGUAAUUUAUGUAUGGAAGCAGGUCCGAAAGGCCUAAUUUUUUCACUCAGCGAUGAUGAUACACUAAAUAAUCCACAAAAGAAAUUACACGCUAUAUUUAAUGAUAACUACAAAGCAGACAAAAUGACAAAUAUUUCUAUUUGUUUGAAUUGUCGAUAUAAUGUCGAUGUGCUCUAUGAUCUUAAAUGCAUUUACGAAAAUUCUGGAAACCUCCAACAAAUCAUCGAUGAAGAUAGUGAGCCAUUAUCAGAUUCGAAAAAGAUAAAAACCCACGUUGUGAAACGUAAGACAACAUUACCAAAGUCUUCAAAAGAUAUUAUUGAAAUAUCAGAUUCCGAAAGUUGCUCGAGUGUAACAAACAAAAAACCUAAAAAAGCAGCGUCGUCAUUUAAAUCAAAAUCUAAAGGAGGUGAUCGUGAAUGCGAUGAAUGCCAUGAUGUUAUAGAGGCUGGCGUCGACAUGUAUCGUUAUCAUCACACGGGGUGUAAAGUUUGCAAGGAUUGUUGGUUGAAAGUUGACCCAAAUGAGAUGACAGUCGCUAAAAAACGUAGAAAGUUACAAAAACCCACUAGUACUAAACUCUGCAGUGUUUUUCUGGAAGAUAUUUUCGUCGGUCCUCCGGAAAAUAAGAAGAAGGGUUCAAAAUGCAAAACGAAGGAUGCCGAAGUAGACUAUGACGAUUCUGAUGAUGUCGAAGACGAAGCAAAGACUAAAAAGAAUCUAAAGAACUCAAAGUUGAAAACCAAAAGCGUCCAAAACGACCAAAAAUCUCCUAAAAAAUCAAAAGUCGUUCCCAAAAAACGAUCCACAAAAAAUAGUUUACAAAACAAUGAUCUGGACAAAAAAAUUAAACAAGAAGUUUCUCCUAAAAGUCCAGAGGUUACAGAGAAAACUGAUCGCACUAGAAUAACCAAAAGUCGUUUGAACGCAUUGAGAGAUAAGAAAAUCGAACUUUCAAAAGUCAAGAGCGAAAACCUCAAGAAAUCUCAACAAGAGCAACGUCGCAAGAAGUUACAGAAAAAACUCCGUCAGAGCCGUUCGAGGGAUUCGCCGGUUUUAUCUCCGACAGAUGUGGAAACUUCUGAGCCUCAAAAAACACAAGAAGACAAGGAUCUAUCGAUGGACGUCGAUAGUGAUUCAGAAAGCGGGCCGUACACUUGCAAUAUUUGCAAUACCGAUUUUGAAAAUCGCGUCGAAGGUUUGAAGCACGAGUUGACCCACUCUAAAAAAUUGGGAGUCGUCUUAGAAAAAUUUGCUGUCGCAGAUGACGAAACAAACGAACCGCCAAGCGAAGACGUAACUGAUAAGUCGGUUUCUGAACCUUCGACUCUCGCCGAAGAAAGUCACGUUUCUGACGUUUCGACCCUAAAAAGUAAUGAGACGAAAAUUGAUGACGAAGCGGGAAAUGCCGUUGAUUCAAAAACUAACGAAGUCGACGGAAAACAAUCAAUGGAAACAAGCGACGAUAAGGAAAAUCCACCUGAAGAUGUCAGCAAUGAUUCCGAUAAAAAAGUAGUGGACUGUAAUGAAGAAAAUGACGUCACUGAAAAGCUAAUUGGUGAUGAGAAAAAUACUGACGUUGAUGAAAAAGAUGUUAAUGUUGAUGUUGAAGGGAAUAAUAUUAGAGCUGAAGACUCGAAUUUCGAAACGAAAAAUUCAGGUUUUGAUGCUGAUCAUAGUGACGUCAAUGAACAAGAUGAUGAUGGUGAAAAAAAACUACGGGAUAAAGAAACUAAUGCAGAAACUGAUGAAAUCAAUGAACCCUCGAAGAAAGAAAGUGAUACUGAAAAUAUGACUAAAGAAAGCGAAGCCGAGGACAAGGAAAAAGAUGAUGACUCUGGAGGUGUAUUGACAGAAAAUGAUUCCGUAGUAGAAAACGCCGAGAAGAAUGAAAAUCACGUGCAGCAAAAGGAAGAGACAAAUAACGUUGAUGAGGAUCUAAGUGAGUCAGUUGCAGUAUCUGACAAAAAAGUUGAAGAGCCGAACAAUCAAAUUCACGUUGAUGAUGACAAUGAUGAGGAGGAAAAAAAAAGUAGUCAAAGUGAAGAGGAUGUUAAUGAAAGUAGUAAAUUAAGUUGCAAUACAGAAAAAUUAGGAAUAGUAGAAGGUUGUGAAAAUGAUGAAAAAUUAAUUGAAAAUAAGGCGGAGACCGAAAAUAAAUUAGUUGAGUAUGAAAGUAGUUUGAAAGUAGACGAAAAAAUAGAAAAUUUAGAGCCAUCUAUUGAUACUGGUACUGAAAAAGAUGAAAAUAAUAGAGUUGAUAAGUUGCAAAAAAUUAUUGAUGCAAGUUUUGGAGACUCGCUUCAGGAAUAAUUCAAUUUCUCUCUUUUCAUUUCUAUACAGAAAAAAGGAUUUCUUGGUGCAAAAAAUUUUUACUCGCUUUAAGAAAUUUUUCACAAUGAAAAUUAGAAACAAAAAUUUUCCUGGGGCGAGUAAAAAAAUUCUUGUGCCAAGAAAUUUUUUCUAGUCCUAGGAAAAUUUCUGUCUUGAAUUCAUAAUGAAAAAUAUUUCUUGCGCCAAGAAAUCCUUUUUCUGUGUACAUAAAUUUUGAUGUGAUGUAUGGUUUAAAAACUAAUCAUAAUAAAUUUAUACAAAUCAAAUAGAUAUUUCGAAAUGUUGAAUUCAAAAAGCCUAGAAAAAUAAUACUUUCUAAAAUUUAUAGAUUAAAAUUUUUAAAAAAUUGUAAAAAAAUAAUUAAAGUAAGAUAUCCAGUAUCCGAUUAGGGAACUAGUACCCACUAGUUCCCUAAUUGAGUAUUGGGUCUUCUCCCUAAAAUUCGAACAUAAAUUUUUCUCUUCAAUCAAUACAAUUUCUAAUAAUCAAAUGUAAAUAAUCUUUGUAAAUAGUUUUGAGUGAAAAUUUUAUCAUAUACUUUAAUCACAGAGAGUAAAGUUAUUAUUGACAAGAAAAAGAAAAAAAAAAGAUGUUUAAAACACGUUUGAUACACACUUUUAUAACAUGAUGCAUAAAUGGAUAAUAGUACAAUUAAAAAUGUUAUGUAAGUCAAAUAUAUAGUUAGUACCGUGUGUGUGUGUGUAUGUGUGGAUGUGCGUGUGUGUGUGUGUUCACAGAUAACUUAUCCAAGUAAGACGAAUUCACUGUUUGAAAAUAGUGUGUUAUACAUCUUGUGGGAUCGGGAUUAUAGUCGAGUAUUUCCUGAUUAAAAACUUCGAUGGAAUUCGAAUCAGCUCUGAUCGGAAAGUUCCGCCGAACGAAUCCGAUUGAACGUUAAUCAAAAAUCGGAAUGUUUGUUUCCGAUCGAAUCUGAUAGAAAUCCGAUUGAGUUAAUCAGAUUUGAUUGGUUUUAAUCAGAGUUUUUAAUCAGGGUUACCAACACACGAGAGUAUAAUACUCGAUGUCACUGGAUGUAGACAAUAGUUUAUGUAAUGAAUGCACGAAAAAAAACGCCGUAAUGUCUAAAGUCAUCGUCAUGCAGUCAGAGUUGAAAAAAUACUUGACUCUAUUGUUAUUAAAAAAUAUUUCAUUCAUAAAAUUGGAUAAUUGUUUAAUACUGCAGUUUAAUUCCAUUAACUAGGAGCUUCCCCUCAAUAUUAACCCCCACUACGAGCUACAGUGUCUCCCACCUGACGCUAUACAUUUGUAUGUGUCUGAGUAUUUACAUAUCAAUCAUCCAUGUAAAUGUAAGCGCGUAUGCGCUGUAGUUUUUCUUCUAAGGAAAAGAGGCAUUCGAUAAGUCGGAAUUUCCAGGAAAUUUCCGCUCCUAGACUAACUGUCCGAGUUAAUGGAAUUUAACUGCAUUCACUUAACAAAAUUUAACUCUAUAAAAAAAAACGUCCUUUAGUUUUAUGUCGUAUCAAUAAAUAGAGAUGUGUAAGGUUAUAAAAUUCAGCUAACGUUGCAUUGAUCUACACAUGCGUGUGCUGAUUAAUUGAAUGCGAUUCAAAGUGACCCCAUAAGUUAUAGUUGAAUUAGCGAGACUGCGUUUCGGAUAUUUUCGGUUUUUACCCCCACCAUCUAAAUUUAAUACCUAAGACAUCGCGCCUUGAUGGGGGGGGGGGGUGGUAAAAAACCGGAGCGCAAAGUCUCGCUAAUCCAACUAUAAAUAAUGUACAUUAAAUCACACUUUUGACCAAUCAGAAAGACGUAUUUUAAUAUAAAAUUUUAUGAGACUGACUUUAGCCAGUUAGCGACGUAUUCUUCGGGCAUGAGUUACAUAAAAUAGAUUUUCUUCACUUAUUUCUGAAAAAACUCUUCGGGUGGGAUUUAUGCAUUUUAUAAGCAGCGAUUUUUCAGUCUUGUUUUUGUAUUUAGUUGCCUGAGUAUUGAAAAUUGCACAUAAAAUUGCACUCUAAUAUAAUUUACAUUCUAACAAAAGGUAAUAAUUCUUCGAUGCUUCGACAUUUCGAUUGAUUUAAAAGUUAUUUUCAAUCAUUCAAUAGAUCGAACAACUUCAGUUUUUCCGCAAAAGAUUCAUAUUCAUCUAAAUUUAAAGAUAUGUAAUUCGUAUUUUUUAACAUUAGCUCUGGAAAAAUAAACAUCGUUAUUGUCAAUAACAUCGCCUAGUUAUUUUUAUCUAGAACUCUAAUCUAACCUAUUUUGUAUCGAUUGAUGUAUGAUUAUAGGUUACUAAAACUGUUUCGAUUUAUUUCUGUGGUCUUAUCAUCAGUUUUGUUCAUUUACUGGCUUAUUUAAUGCGUAAUAUCUUUCAGACACUGUCUCGACAAAUAUUCUUAUUUUAUCAAUAAAAAAAAUUUCCACAAAAGUACUAUUAUGAAGGUUUAUUUCUUAAUAAAAAAUAUUGACAAUUAAUUCUGAAGCAUAAGCCUUAACUUUAUUAUUAAGUAACUUAAAUAAAGAUACUAGAAAAUAAAAAAAAUGAGUAACAAA